AUACUAUUAUGCUUAUAAUUGCCAUUAUUUUCCCUUUUCACUUCCAAACAGUUUUCUCUGCAGUUGACGGUAUUCGUCCAUCUCAAUCCAUCAGUGAUGGCAAAACCUUGGUUUCAAAAGAAGCAAUGUUUGAGUUUGGAUUCUUCAGUCUCGGAAAUUCCAAGAGUCGUUAUGUGGGAAUUUGGUACAAGAACAUCCCAAUAACUAUCGUUUGGGUUGCAAACCGAUGCAAACCUAUUAACAAUUCCUCUGGCUUGUUGACCAUAAAUAGUACAGGCAAUCUUGUUCUCUUGUAUCAGAACAAGAGUGUUGCUUGGUCUACAAGCGCAUCAAAACAAGCCAAGAAACCAUUAGUAGAGCUUCUAGAUUCUGGAAAUCUUGUACUAAGAGAUGAGGAAGAUAAAAACUCAGAAAACUAUUUGUGGCAAAGCUUCGAUUAUCCUUGUGAUACAUUAAUAGCAGGGAUGAAAAUUGGAAGGGACUUAAGGACGGGUCGUAAUCUGCGCUUAUCAGCAUGGAAGAAUUGGGAUGACCCUUGUCCUGGAGACUUUACUUAUGGGCUUGAGUUUGAUCAAAAGCUUAAUACGUACCCCGAAUUUUAUCUCCGAAAGGGCAACGCAAAGUGCUACCGUAGCGGACCUUGGAAUGGCAUUCGUUUUAGUGGCGGAGUGGAACAAAGGCCAAAUCCGUAUUUUAGUUUCGAAUCUGUCUAUAGUGAUGAUGAAGUAUAUUACGGAUUCAACCUGAAGAAUAAGUCGCUCAUCUCCAUACUAGCUGUAAACCAAACCACAAGCUUACGUCAGCGCCUUACAUGGAUCAAAGCAGAUCAAGCUUGGAAGCCUUAUUCAAAUUCACCUAGAGAUGACUGUGAUAAGUACCGUCACUGUGGAGCCAAUGCGAAUUGUGAUAUGAAAGAAAACCCGAUCUGUGAAUGCCUAAAAGGAUUCAAGCCCACGUCCCCGGAGACAUGGAGCUUAAUGGAUUGGUCUAAAGGAUGUGUUAGGAAUAAACCAAUGAGCUCUCUAGAGAAAGGCAAAGAUGGGUUUAUCAAAUUUCCGGGGUUGAAAGUGCCGGAUACAACACAUUCAUGGGUGAACAAGAGUAUGAAUACAAAGGAAUGCAGGGCCAAAUGUUUAAGCAGCAGUUCAUGUAUGGCUUACACAAAUACUGAUAUCAGAGGGCAAGGCAGUGGUUGUGCUCUCUGGUUUGGUGAUCUGAUAGAUAUCAGGCAAUUUCCCCAAGGUGGACAAGAUCUGUUUAUUCGCAUGCCAAGUUCAGAGCUAGGAAAAGUUGGUGAUAACAUGAGAGUAGUGAUAGUGGUAUCUGUCAUCGGAGGUUUUUCUGGGAUGCUCCUUCUUGGCUUUUGCUUUUGCAGGAGAGGCUCAGAAGGCAAAACAGCUAGAAAUAUUGAAACAAUAUGUCAGCAUGGAGGCCAAGAGGAAGACCUGGAGCUUCCCCUGUUUAACCUGUCUUCUAUAAUUGUUGCCACUGAAAAUUUUUCACCGUACAAUAAGCUUGGAGAAGGUGGUUUUGGACCCGUCUACAGAGGUAAAUUAGAAGAUGGACAAGAAAUCGCCGUGAAGAGGCUAUCAAUCAACUCUGCACAAGGAGUAUAUGAGCUAAAAAAUGAAGUAAAACUAAUUGCCAAGCUUCAACAUCGAAAUCUUGUGAAGCUUCUUGGUUGUUGCAUUCAAGGAGAAGAGAAAUUAUUGGUUUAUGAAUAUAUGCCGAACAAAAGUCUCGACUUUUUCAUUUUUGAUCAAAAGCAAGGAAAACUAUUCGAAUGGUCAAAGCGCUUACAAAUUAUAUGCGGAAUUGCUCGAGGACUUCUAUAUCUUCACCAGGAUUCUAGAUUGAGAGUGAUACAUAGAGAUCUCAAAGCUAGUAAUGUGUUACUUGACAAUGACAUGAAUCCCAAAAUUUCAGACUUUGGCUUAGCUAGAAUUUUUGGAGGAGAUCAGACAGAAGAACAGACAAACAGAGUAAUAGGGACCUAUGGAUAUAUGGCACCAGAAUACGCAUUUGAUGGCUUAUUCUCAGUAAAGUCAGAUGUCUUUAGCUUUGGUAUAUUGGUAUUGGAGAUUGUAAGUGGGAAGAAAAGCAGAGGUUUUCACCAUCAAAAUCAUGGUGUUACCCUCAUUGGACAUGCAUGGAAGUUGCAUAAAGAAGGCAAUUCAAUUGAAAUGUUUGAUAAACACUUGAGGGAAGCAGACAACAAUGUUGAACAAGUGUUGCGUUGCAUUCAUGUCGGUCUCUUAUGCGUGCAACAAAGUCCGGUGGAUAGACCAAACAUGUCCUCUGUGGUUGUGAUGUUGGGAAGUGAGAGUGAGCUGCCUCAGCCCAAACCACCCGGCUAUUUCGUAGAGAUGGAUUUGGCAAAAGGAGGCCAUUCUUCUACCAACCCCGAAUCAUCUUCGAUGAAUGAUAUGAGCAUUUCACUACUUGACGCCAGAUAAGGCUUAAUUAAUGUCUAAUUAUAGCAAACUAUAACAUUAGUUUAUACUAACUAAAUAAUGGGCUUCAGGAAUUUGUAGUAUUAAUUAUCUUUGGAGAAUGAGGGGUUUGUAGAUUUGCUUAAACAUGUGGUGUAAAAUAGCAUAGACAUUAGAUAGCAUAUAUGUGAAUUACCCUUCCCCUGAAGAAAAGACGGUAGCUUGUUCUAGACAUAUCUAAUUCAAAAGUAGAAAACUUAUUCUAUAAAUGAAAGAGAAGGUCUUCCUUUUCUUAAAUUUUCUUAUCAAACUAUCGCCUCUUUCCUACAAGAAAGGCUCC